AUGUUCUAUAAGGUUUGUUUCGUAUUAGCUGUAACAGUCGCGAUGGUGUCUGCUGAACACGGGUUCUCAUCCCAAUACAUCCAUCGACAUGACGGUCACCAUCAGGAAGUUACAGUUCAUGACAAACAUGGACAUCACCAUGUUGAUUACUAUGCUUAUCCGAAAUACGAGUUCGAAUACAAAGUGGAUGACCAUCACACCGGUGACCACAAGAUACAGCAUGAGCAUCGCGACGGACACAAAAGUGAGAGCAAAUACUCAACACACGUUGAUCAUAUUGUACCCCAUCACCAUCAUCACUAA